AGAGCCAACAAGACUGGUUUAAUUGGAGCAGGCCCAUCAGCUGUUCUGCCAAGCUUAAAUACGUCUAUGUGAUGCUGUACACUACAGUAGGUGCUCAUUCUAAAUGGGUGCCAUCAUACCAGCAGCAGAACACCAGGUCCCAUCAGAAGUUCUUAUUGUAGAUGUUCAAACAACUCUGAUGAAGGAUAGGAGAUGUCGAAACCCGAAAAACAUAAGAUGACGCAGAGGCCACUCUUUGUGCUGCCUGAACUUUCCCCUGGAAUUUCCCAGUAAAUUUGCUUCCGUGCUGUUUCAACCUGGCUUUUGAGAAAUUGGCGGUAGAAACUUAAUGUGGUGAACUCCAAAUAAAAUAUGUUAGAAGAAGUGAGAGGGCUGCAAAAUUUACAUGAAGCUGAGUCGUCCUAGGCCUCGUGAGCGAAUAACGAAGGACGAUAAAUGGAUUUAUUAGUCUUUAAAGACAAUAAUUAGUGCACCAAGGGUCCCCGUCUUCUCCAAUAAUUGGAUUGUUGUAUUCAAAGGAGUGCACCAGUAGGGGUCCAACGAGGACUGCUUGGUUUUGGAGUUUGUUCGCAUGACAAAAUGUCGCCGUCUUAAAGGCGCUCACAAAAAGCCAUGCAUCUCAGAUGGUGGCCAAAGUUCUCUAGAUCCAUCAAAGUGCGAUCACCUUUUCAUGGUAGCAACAUCCAUUUACCAAACCCUUGAGAGACCUGAUUAUAAAGAUAAAUAAAUAUCUAAAUCGGAUUUAUAAGUAGAUGACUUUAUAUUAUGAAUGAAACUUAACCUCGAAGGAAGCUGUUCUCCUCAACCUCCCUCCUCCCUGGCCCACCUCAUGUUCUCUCUUGUUGUUCUUUGUGGUGGCAAACUGCCAGGAUAUUGUUCAUGAGAGGCAACCAUCUCAAAAGGGGCAUCAAUAUUCUGGGGCCAUCCGCCAGCCGUUGUUACUUUUCACUUUAUAGCUAUAUUGAAAUGUUCCAUCCAGCAAGGCCCAUCUCAUCUUUGCUGGAGGCGAGCCACUCCAAUAAAAUGUUAACCCAGAGGUUCCAUUGUUAAUAAAAUGUUCCCAGGCAUAAACUCCACAAUGCCUCAUCUGUCACACCCCUCUUCUCCUUUUUCUUGAGGUCAUAGAUUCGAGUUUAUUUGUUCAGACAAAGUGGCACUUUUUGACCCAAUUGGGUAGACCUAUUUUACUCUAAUUGAGUGGACAUAUUUUAUUAGGCUCAACCAUUCUUGUCGUCAAAAAUGAAUAAUUUCCAUCAGAAAAUCAUAUUGCAAUCUAGAAAUUUGUGUUUAUUCUGGAUCGGUCAACUUUGUGUGCCAAUUAAAUUGAUAGAGUUGCUGGAAUGGCUAAGAAGCAAUUAGAAUACAGGUGUCAUUAGGUGCAAGAUCUUAAAAUAGGCAAAUUGGCACGGAAUAAAAAGAACCAACCCUUCCAUCUGAAAAAAAGUGGACAACUUAUAAAUUGGACCCGAGUGUGACCCUAUCUAGCAUAAUGACUCCAAACUAUUAAAAAUUUAAAUAUCAAAAGGAAUCCCCAACCAUCACACUACUCCCUGUGCCCCUCGCGCUGUGAAACAAACGAGGAGGAGGUGCGGUGAGCUCACCAUGUCGGUGUCUGGACUCCGGAACAAGAUCGAAGCAGCUGGAAGGCCUGAGGCUGGAGCGAGACUCGGUCGGGGACGAUCUGAUCCGGUCACCGCCCCGUCAAAGAAGAUCCCGGGUCAUCGGUUUGAGGGCGCCACGUGCCCUUUUCUCUUUAUAAAGGGCAAAAGCGCCCUCUCACCGCAGGGAAUUGAACUCCUUCCCACUUCCGACUCUUUGCAGGCUUUAUCUUUUCACUCUAGUUUUUUUUUUUUUUCUACAAACACCACUGCGAAAAAAGGACGCCUCUGUGACUCCAAGCUCAUGAUCUGGGACUAAGUGAAGGAGCUUUGUCUCUCCAUCAAUGGCGAAUAUUCUCCUCUUCCUCUUUCUCCAUCUAGUUCUUUUCUCUGUUUCUAAUGCUCAGAUGCCAGGUUUUUUUAGUCUGGACUGUGGAGGUACACAGAAUCAUACAGAUGAUCUUGGUCUUGAGUGGACUGCAGACAAUCAGUUUAGUUUUGGUGAAACAGCUAACAUAUCAGUUCCAAAUGAGACCCGUAGACAAUUUACAACUGUACGUUACUUCCCCGCAGAUGGUAGAAAGUACUGUUACACAUUGGAUGUGAUAACCAGAACUCGAUAUCUUGUACGAGCAAGCUUCUUGUAUGGGAACUUUGAUAACAGUAAUGUUUAUCCGAAAUUUGACAUCUCAAUUGGGGCAACUCAUUGGUCAACCAUUGUUAUCUAUGAUGCAGACACCAUAAUAAGACAGGAGUUGGUUUUGUUGGCUUCUUCUCCUAAAAUUAGUGUAUGUCUAUCUAAUGCUACAACUGGACAGCCAUUUAUUUCUGCCCUCGAGCUUCGACAGUUCAAUAAUUCACUUUAUCAUACAGAUUAUGAAACUCAGUUCUUUAUGAGCCUCUCUGCAAGAACAAAUUUUGGUGCAGAGACUAAUGAGUCUGUCAGGUAUCCAGAUGAUCCAUUUGAUAGAAUAUGGGAAUCCGAUUCUUUGAGGAGGGCAAACUACCUUGUUGAUGUUGCCCCUGGAACCGAAAAAGUAUCAACAACAAUACCUGUAGAUGUUAACAUUGGUGAAAGACCACCUCAAAAGGUGAUGCAGACAGCUGUAGUGGGUCAAAAUGGAACCUUAACUUAUCGCCUAAACUUGGACGGUUUUCCAGGGUUUGGUUGGGCAUUCUCAUACUUUGCGGAGAUUGAGGAUUUUGGCUCAAAUGAAACAAGGAAAUUUAAGUUAGCUAUUCCGGGAAAUAAGGAUGUUAGUAAACCCACAGUCAAUGUUGAAGAAAAUGCUCCCGGGAAAUAUCGGUUGUAUGAACCAGGAUACUAUAACAUAUCCCUACCAUUCGUCUUCUCUUUUGCAUUUAUGAAAACAAAUGACUCAUCCAGGGGACCAAUCUUGAAUGCUUUGGAGAUAUACAAGUAUCUGCAGAUAAAUUAUGGCUCCCAAGAUGCACCUGUCGUGGCAGGUUUUACAUCACACUACCAGCUUGCAGUUUGGGCUCAAGAAGGUGGGGACCCAUGUCUACCAACUCCAUGGUCUUGGGUGAAAUGCAGUUCAGAUCCACAGCCAAGAAUAAUUUCAGUUUAUUUGUCAGGGAAGAAUUUGACAGGGAAUAUACCUUCAGAACUGAUGAAUCUUUCAGGCCUAGUUGAGCUAUGGCUUGACAGUAACAUGCUUACUGGUCCAAUACCCGAUUUUGGCGGAUGCUUAAAUCUGAAGACAAUUCACCUUGAGAACAAUCAAUUAACUGGUGAGCUGCCUUCAUCUUUGGUGGACCUACCGAACCUAAGGGAAUUGUAUGUGCAAAAUAAUAUGCUGUCUGGAACUGUGCCUCGUGGUCUUCUCAGCAAAAAUAUUGCUUUUAAUUUCUCAGGAAACAUGCAUCUUCGAGUGGAAAGGAACAAACUUAAUUACAUUAUAAUUGUUAUCUGCUCUGUGGUUGGAGCAUCUGUGAUUCUUGUAGCUGUAGUUGUCUACUUGCUAGUGUGCAAGAGAAGGAAGUUUUAUUCAGAGGAAGAUGAUCUUACCAGUGUCCUGCCACCUCAAAAACCACAUUCUCCUGCAAAUGAACUUGCCACAAAAACAGCCCACAAGUAUACGUUAUCUGAUAUUGAAGAAGCUACCAAGGACUUCUCCAAGAAAAUUGGUUCUGGAGGUUUUGGAACCGUAUAUUAUGGAAAGAUGAAAGAUGAAAAGGAAAUUGCAGUCAAAGUUCUUAGAAAUGAUUCUUACCAGGAGAAUCGACAAUUCUCGAACGAGGUCUCUCUGCUUUCAAGGAUACAUCACAGGAACCUAGUAGUAUUUCUUGGUUACUGCCAGCAAGAAGGAAAGAGCAUCCUUGUUUAUGAGUUUAUGCAUAAUGGAACUUUAAAAGAGCACCUUCAUGGAACCUUAACUCAGGAAAGGCAUAUUGGCUGGAUUAAGCGACUGGAGAUUGCCGAGGAUGCUGCAAAAGGGAUUGAGUACCUUCACACAGGCUGUUUUCCAGCUGUCAUCCAUAGGGAUCUGAAGACCAGCAACAUUCUUCUUGACAAGGACAUGAGAGCAAAGGUCUCAGAUUUUGGUCUCUCAAAACCUGCAGUGGAUGAAUCCCAUGUCUCGGGUGUCCAGGGAACUUUGGGGUAUUUAGACCCUGUGUACUGCACCUCUCAGCAAUUAACAGAGAAAAGUGACAUUUACAGUUUUGGUGUUAUUCUCCUCGAGCUGAUUUCAGGUCAAGUUCCAAUAUCUACCACAAAUUUUGGCGAAAACAUUUAUCAUAUAGGCCAAUGGGCAAAGUUUUAUUAUCAGAGUGGAGAAAUUGAGGCUAUCAUCGACCCUUCAUUGCAGAAUGAUUACAAUGAUAUUCAGUCUGUGUGGAAGAUUGCUGAAGUGGCAGUCAAGUGCAUUGACCCACAAACAGGAAAUAGGCCAUCGAUAUCAGAAGUGCUCAAGGAGAUCCAAGAGGCUAUUGCAAUAGAACGAGCUCCCAGGAUCACAAAGUCGGAUAUUUUCUUCGGUUCUCCCUUGAGUGUAGAUGCCACAAAUUUGUGUAGUUCUGGGCAAAGAGCUUCUGUUGAUUCCUUUAUCCAGCCUGAGCUCCGAUAGCUCCUCCAAACGCACUGCUCCCAAGUUAUUCUGAAUUUUCCUGAGUUGGAAACGACAGUUGUGCACAAUGAGAGAGCAGCAGAAACUAGUUAUCUUGGAUGAAAACUUGUUAUCUACCUUCUCAUGGUUCUUUUACUUGGGGAUAUGAUUAGAAAUUCAAAAAAUUUAAACCAAAUUUAGCAAGCAUGAAGAAAGAGCACGCAAAACCUUUUUCUUUUUCAUAAAAAAUCAAAUCACCAAUUACAUAAUCUUGGCCUUUAGUACUGCUGUAGAUGUGAUGAUUCUGCUUCAGUCAAAGCAAGCAUAUGAUGUUUGCCUUUUUCAUCAGUGAAUGUGGGUUUUGUCUUCAAUCCAGGUAUCAAAAAUCUAAUCUGAAAUUGUAAUGCCACUGUCCCUUAUGUCCUGUAAUUCUAAACUUGAUUUCAGAAAAUUCUUUUUCAUUUACCAA